AUGAAACCCAAGUUUCACAAAGCUACGGCUGUUGGCCUCCUGCUGGCUGGACGGCCAUCUCUGGCCUCGCCGCUCAACGCCACGGCCUUGGCCGCGCCGCUUAACUCCACGGUCGACACCGACACUCUGUCCCUGCAUCUGGCUCGGUCGGGCUGCCACCAGAGCGACUGUCCCGACACGCGCUUCGGCGUCGACAUCAUAAGCAUGUACACGGAGCCCUUCCGUACCUGGUUAUACUUUCUCCGCUGGCAGAGCGUGUGCGGCUGCCACAAGGAGCAGGUCUUCGCCGACGGCUGCAGGAGCUUCACGACCUGCACGGGCAGGCACUCGGUGUGCUUUGACUGGCACGGCGGUCGCGGGCACUGGAUCGAUCCCAGCGGGCAUAAGACGUGCUGGUAUCUCAGCAGCGAUUAUAUCUGUCGCCAGACGUGGCUGGCGUGGCCGAAGAUUGAGGUCGCUUGCACUUGGUAG